ACUACUUUUCUGCAACAGCAGAGGCAGCCUAUUUAUUUAUUUUGUGGUCUGAAGAAGAAGAACAUGACAUCAGCUAUGGGAAAUUGAAGUACAUCCAUGCAGACUGUGCUCUGUCUCAACUCCUUUGUGCAGCAUUAUUCUGAGAUUCACAGAUUCUUCAAACCUGCAACUGCAAACCUACACUCUUAUUGAAAGCACAUCUUGUAUCCUUGCAUUUCUUCAACUUAGCUCACAUUUGCUGGACUGGCCCUUCACUAAGAUCAUGUUGACAUGCUCAUGUUUUUUAAAAUGUUGUUUUAUACAUACAGUGCUACACCAGUAUGAAAUUUAAGUUUUGUAAACGUGUUAAUUGUGAUCCAAAUUGCGUGCAAAGGUUGUGCUCAAGCCACAUCUGGUUACUGACUAAAGCACAAUGGUUAAACAUUCAUCUGAGCCUGAACACAGAGGUUUCCCACGUUGUCUCACACGUCUAAAUAUGGGUUUUGGAGAAAUUCUAAAGACCAUAGGAGAAUUUGGAAUUUUUCAAAAGCUUAUUCUUUUUGGAUUAACCUUUCCGAAUGUAAUACUGUCUAUGUCUUUUUCUAGUUUUCUUUUCAUUCAGUCGGAUCCAGAGCGACACUGUAACACAGACUGGAUUCUCCAGGCUGCUCCCAACCUGACGUUGGAUGAGCAGCUGAACUUGACCAUUCCGCUGCAGCAGGAUGGUUCUUUCAGCAGGUGCCACAUGUUUGUCCCAGUGGAUUGGGACAUCAGAACCAUCCGGGAGCAUGGAAUCAAUGAAACCACUGUGUGCCAGAAUGGUUGGGUGUACUACGACACAACGUAUGAGUCCACCAUUGUCACUGACUUCGAUCUUGUCUGUGACAGGUCCAACAUACUUGAUGUUGUGCAGACAACCUUCAUGGCUGGUAUUCUCUUAGGUUCCGUAGUUUUUGGUCCUAUUGCUGAAUCAUUUGGUCGUCAGAAAUCAACGCAGAUACCAGCUGUGCUCCUGUUAAUAUGCACUGUUGUGAGUGGUGCGUCUCCAAAUUUCUACGUCUACAUUGUGGCACAGUUCCUGGUUGGAGCGGCUCUUGCGGGUUACAGGAUUAACUCCACUGUAUUAGCGACAGAGUGGAUAGGAAUCACCAAAAGGUCCUUUGCCUCCUGUUUGGGCCAAAUGUUUGCUGCACUGGGACAAUGUGUCCUGGCUGGACUGGUCUAUGUGAUUCGUAAUUGGAGACUAGCACAAUAUGUGGCGGCAGCAGUGCAGUCUGUUGUUGUCCUCUACAUCUGGUGGAUUCCAGAAUCUGCAAGGUGGUUGUUGGGUCGAGGAAGGAACGAGGAAGCAAAGAGGUUGAUCAGGAAAGUCGCAUCAAUAAAUAAACAGCAAGUGUCAGAGAAUACACUGGACUGUUUGGGGUAUGAGGAAGCAGAAGUCCAAACCGCAGCAAUGAAUAUCAUUUUAGCCUCACCAAUCUUACUGAAAUAUUUGUUAAUUAUGUGUUUUGCCUGGUUUUCCCUCAAUGUAGGCUACUUCUCCCUUAUUCUUAAUGUGGGUACGUUUGGCUUGAACAUCUUCCUGGUUCAAUUCAUCUUUGGAAUCUCGGAAAUGCCUGCACACCUUCUCUGCAUCUGGAUAUUGGAAUUAUUGGGGAGAAAGAUUUCCCUGAUUUUAACACUUCUGGCUGGCGGGUUUGUCUGCCUUUUAACACUGGCUUUUUCACAAGACAAUACUCUUGUUAUUGUGGCUCUUGUAGCGAUAGGGAAGUUCUUUUUGAAUGGGGCUGGUUCCAUAUGCAUGGUCUACUCUCAGGAGCUGUUUCCCACUUCGGUCAGGCAAACAGCCGUUGGUCUGGGCUCCAUUUCUAUGAGAGGAGCUGGCCUGCUUGCGCCACUGGUCAACAUGUUGGCCAUUUACAACUGGUUCUUACCCAUCAUUGUGUUCAGCAGCCUCGCAGUGUUGAGUGGAGCUCUGGUUUUCCUUCUUCCUGAAACCAGAAGCAUAGAACUGCCCGAUUCCACAAGUGAUGUUGAGGGCAAAAGAAAUAUCAUCACCACGAAAACAGAAAGUGACUCCAAGCAGACUGAACACAACAGCAGAAAAUCUACCAAACUAUAGUUUACAUAUUGUUUGUCUACAUCAGGGGUGUCCAAACUUUGUCCACCGAGGGCCACAUACGGAAAAAUGAAAGGAAGCAAGGGCCACUCUGAUGUUUUGUAAAGCAACACCUGUAGAUAUGCUAAGAAGUUAUAUACGGUAUGCUGUAUUUCAAUAAAAAAAUGCAUCUCAGCUUUGUGACGUAGGUGAAAAAGCAUAUUAUUAGUGUGACCUUCUGUCUUUGCUCUUUUUUUCCCCCAUUUUUGCUGUUGUUUGUUUUGGUCUCACUUUUCAAUAAUGUACACAAAAAUACAGCAGUUACUGAAGAACUAAUGAGGAACUAAUGAGGAACUAAUGACUAAAGCACAUAAAUUUAAAGUGGUUACUGAAGAACUAAUGACAAACUAAUGAGGAACUAAUGAGUAGAGUAGUUACUGAGGAACUAAUGACUGAGUGCUGAGUAGAGUAGUUACUGAGGAACUACUGAGGAACUAAUGGCGAACUAAUGAGGAACUAAUGACUAAGGCACCUAAAUUUAGAGUGGUUACUGAAGAACUAAUGACCAACUGAGUAGAAUAAUUACUGAGGAACUAAUGCUGAACUAAUGACGAACUAAUGAAUAGAGUAGUUACUGAGGAACUAAUGAUGAACUAAUAAGGAACUAAUGACUAAGGCACAUAAAUUUAGAGU